GGAAGAAUACCCACCACUGCAGUGAAACCACCACCACAACCGCAAUUUCUGUGCUGGUUCAUGAAUCGGGCCCCGAGUCCAUCAACGCCUUCUUCAAAUUCCCGUUCUCGUUAGUUUAUUGCCAGAUACUUGUCUUCAGCAGAAAAUAUUCCUUGCAUACGCUCUUAGCGACAAAAGAGAAGAGUCACAGUCAACAACCAACUUCUACUACAAAUUCCUAAAAUGGCACCAGGCGGACCACCAGGUGGCGCAGGACGCGGCCGCGGAGGCAAAUUCAAGAAAUUUACUCGAGGAGGUAAGUCGUGCAUCCAAAUUCCGUCAAGUGUUGCCCUAUCUAACAGCAAUCCAUACAGGCGGCAAGCACUUCUCCAAGAACCUCCGACCUCUCGACGCCAACGGCAACGAAGUCGAAGAACGCGACCCCAAUGCUUCAACGGAAGAAGAAGAAAGUUCCGAGGAGGAAUCGUCGUCAGAAGAGGAGACAAACCAGCAAUCCAUGACUCGUGAGGAGCGUCGAGCUGCCGCAAAAGCAAAGAAGGAGGCAGCAAUAGCUAAGAAGAAGGGUGUUCCACAGCCAGGCGACAUGCCAUCCAGCUCGGAGGAGGAGAGCGACGAUGACAUGCCUGCCAAUCCCAAUCACUCAAAGGCUGCACGUAAUCAGGCUAAAGCCGCUCCUGUCAGCGUGGAUGAAGCAACCGAGGGCGUCAAGGAAAUGAGUGUGGGAGGAAAAGGAAAGAAGCCCGUUGCAGAGCUGAGUCGUCGUGAGCGAGAAGCUGUACAAGCACAACAGGCCAAGGAGAGAUAUCAAAAGCUUCACGAAGCCGGAAAGACUGAUGAAGCCAAGGCGGAUCUUGCCAGGCUCAAGUUAAUCCGAGAGAAGAGAGAACAAGAGGCAGCACGCAAGAACGCUGAGAAGGAAGAGCGUGAGGAAGCAGAGAAGGCAAAGAAGGCCGAGAUUGAGGCUCGGGAAGCCAAGCGAAGAGAAGCUGCCUUGGGGCCGUCCAAGGGCAAAGGCAAAUCAAAGAAGUAAAUCUUCUUCCUUCUGGUCUUGUGCAUACCUCUUCAGCAUCAUCUUUACGAGUUUCCUCCUUUGGCUCUUUUAGUUGUGGGUUGGCAUAAUGUACCCCUUCAUUCGCCUUCAUUUUUUAUACCUUUUCUUUUCUCUAUUGAAGAAUACCCAGCGUACAACUUUCGUAUGCAAUACUCUUCUUUGACCUUACUUUCUUGGUUGUUAGUUUCACCGCAAUUGAGUAAGGAAUUCAAACCAUCACCAAAACCAA